UUUGGUAAGCAGAAAAACACAGCCACCGGCUACCAAAAGAACGGUUGUACCAUUCCUUUCAACCCCCACCGCUUGUUUGUCUUCGCUCUCAAGCCAAUUCAAUUAUUAACAAAACAAUUCCUCAUCCAUUCCAUUCCUCGGAUCUUUGAUUGUCCAUUCGUUAGAAGCAUCAAGAUGUUGUGAUUUGCGCGAUCAGUGCAGGGAUGAUGAUCGGGGCAGUGCAAUUAGGGGUGUUGGUGGCGUGCGUCGUUGUUUUGGUGCCCAUGGCAAUGGCCGGAUGGCAUUUGAGCAGAAACAAGAUGCUCUUCCUCGUGAACCCAGGCUUCUGGUGCAGGGAUGAUGAUCGGGGCAAUGCAAUUAGGGGUGUUGGCGGCGUGCGUCGUUGUUUUGGUGCCCAUGGCAAUGGCCGGAUGGCAUUUGAGCAGAAACAAGAUGCUCUUCCUCGUGAACCCAGGCUCCUGGGUUCGUUGGGAACCCGCGAACUAGGUUCCUCGUGAACCCAGGCUCUUGGGUUCGCCUAGAGGUAAAAGAAAAAAAAGAAAAAACAAAAAGAAAAAAAGGCCAGAGGAAGGAGAGGAUGAGGAAGAAGAUGAGGGUAAAUCAGUAAUUAAAUGUAAAAAAUUUAA